AUGGAGGGCGGGAACGAGGUAGAUCUGUCCAACAAUAACAUCACCCCUCUGUGGAAGCGGCGCUCAGCCAACCACACUGGCCCCAGCAAGCCAAAGGCCCGGCCCCUCAGCUACCAGAUAGACGGAGUCCACAUGACUGACUUCCCCGUAGAGGACAACAAGUGCAGCUUUACACUGAGCCAGCCUACAGAGAGACUGGUGGCUACGCCGGGAGGAGGGACGGUCAUUCUGAAGCACGUUCUCAACCAACCCACCAGGAAAACACGGGUGGUCAGAAGUAUAAGCAUUGGACAUCUGUCCAAAGGACGUUUCUCUCUAUCCAAGAUCAAAUCGGAGGAUGAUAAAUCGCCGUCAUUGAACAGUAAGGCGUACCACGGUGGGAGUGUUGGUAAUAUUGGUAAUGGGGAGAAGGUGUGGUCGGACAAGCGGCCGCAGGACGCCCAGAAUCGACUCUCCAGCCCGUUCACACUCACCGCUCACCGGGACCAGAUAGUGUUUGGGACGAGCCCUUCACCGCCGGACCCUGCUCCUCCAAACACCCCUCUCCCCCUGCCACCCCCAAUAACAACAACCAUAACCACCAACACCAUAACCAGACCUCCCCUUCUUCCUACCACCCCUUAAACCCCAGCCCCUCCACCCCUAGUCUCCACACCCCUACCCCAUCCCACAGCUCCACCUCCAGUAUCCACGCCCUCUCCUCCCUCACCUCUACCCCUUCUGAUCCCCCCACACCCUGCAGCCCCUCCCCUGCUGACAUAUCUGCCCCCUCUCCUUCCCCCACUCCCUCCCUCUCUCCUCCUCCCUCCAUUGUCCUCAGCACCCACAGUGCUGCUGCCCUGAAGAUGGGCACCCAGCAGCUGAUACCCAAAGGCCUGGCGUCCCUGAGCAAGGCCUGUCCUGCUGGGGUACAGAGCCAGGCCCUGGGGGUUUCGCUGGGCCUGGAUCCUACCAAGCGGGCCCUGCGAGCCCUCAGCAUGGUGGAGACUGGAACCUUCUUCUCCACGGGUGGAGGGACCGGGGGAAAGGGACAGACCAGGAUGAGAGCCCUGCGACUCUGA